ACUGCAGUUAGUUUACAUGUUUGUUCGGUUCGUAGCAGACGUUCGAAGGUUUGAGUUAUUCCGUUAUCGUAUUUUAUUCUAAAGGAUUAAAUCGCCUGUUGAUUCACCGGUAUGCGUGAUAAAUUUACGACAUUUUUAUUGAAAUUCUGAGUUUUGUUUGUUGAAACAUUUCGCGUUGAACAUGUGCAAUCGGUCAUCUUCUACGUGAUUCGUUAACUCUGCACCUGCGACGAUGCCUGCCGAAAAUUGCAAUUCCGAUACAUCUUCGUUGAAUUGGGAAGAAUUUUUCGGAUCGUCAAACUCUGAAGAUUUGCUGCCAUGUUUAUUGAACGUCUACGAUUCGAUAGCAGCCGCCAGGAAACUAACCGGCGGCGUCAGCGGAUCUACUCGAAUUGCGUCCGAGAAGGAAAAAAUGACCGAAAAUGAUACCUUAAUCGAACCUUCGGCCAGGCUGAAGGAAGCUGCUGAUUCAAACGGUGCAAAAUUGACGUCGUCUUCGAGAUCCUGGUAUAAUUAUCAGAGCCUUACGAGUCCAUCGUCUUUGAGACCCAAGUCAGCUAUUUCGGUCGCUUCGAUGUCGUCGAGUACUUCUCUGAGCAGUAGCCGAAGUAGUAAUAGUUCGAAUAACAGCAGCGUUAAUCCGGAUAACGAACGGCCAGAUCAACGAACUGUCCAAAAUAACUCGUCGUCAACCACCAAUCUGACUGAUAAAUCUUUAGAUUCUCUAGUCGAAAUUCAACCACAUGCCAACCGAACAAAAGCAAUCGCAGAUACUCAACCUAGAACUAGUUACGCUACGUCGUCUCAAUAUUCGGAAGAUAGUGGUAUAUAUAGUAAUUUUAUGAGAUCCGAGUCGCUCCAUGAGAGAUCGUGGUUCUGCAACGAUAGCGAAGAUUUCAAUUAUACCAGUCGAGUCGUCGCCGAGAUCCUGGAGACUGAGUUGGCUUACGUUGAUGAUCUGCAUCAGAUUAUAACGGGUUACUUGGAUGAAUGGAGGAACGAUUGUAAUUGCGCCUUAUCUAGCGAACAAAUCAACGAUCUGUUCGGUAAUAUCGAAGAAAUAUAUCAUUUUAACAGAUGCUUCCUGUGGGAGUUGGAGCAAUGUGGACAAGAUCCUGUGAAAAUAGCCGGAAGCUUUGUGGAAAAUAAUUGUAAUUUUUCCAUAUACGCCGCGUAUUGCACGCAUUAUCCUAGAUCGAUGAAUAUUUUGACCGAAUUGAUGAGGCAGGAAAAAACCGCUCAUAUAUUUCGCGAAAGACAAAUCUCGUUACAUCACACGCUACCUUUAGGAUCGUAUUUGUUGAAACCGGUGCAAAGGAUAUUAAAAUACCAUUUAUUACUGCAGAAUAUGGUAAAACACACACCGCCGGAUACGGUCGGAUAUAACGAUAUAACGGUCGCUCUGUCCACGAUGACUGGAAUAGCUCAUCAUAUAAAUACGAUGAAACGUCGCCACGAGCACGCGAUCCGAGUUCAAGAAGUACAAAGCUUGCUGACCGGAUGGCAGGGGCCGGAUUUGAUCACAUUCGGCGAACUGUAUGCCGAAGGAUCGUUCAGGAUAUCCGGAGCGAAAGCUUUAAGACACGUAUUCCUCUUCGAGCACAUGCUGCUGGUGACUAAAAAGAAAGAAGGCGGCAUACUGAACUAUAAAACCCACAUAUUGUGUUCCAAUUUAAUGCUGGUCGAAUGUGUUCCAAAAGAGUUGCUGAGUUUUCAAAUUAUACCAUUCGAUAGUCCAAGGAUGCAGUUCACUGUUCAUGCUCGAAGUUUGGAAGAAAAACGCCAUUGGACUUUGGAGCUGAAACGAGUCAUUUUAGAAAAUUACAAUGUCGAUAUUCCCUCCCACGCCAGACAAUUGGUUAUGGAACUUGGACAAAUACAGCAAACUGACGAUAUAGGUGGUGAGAAGAUUUCCACGAAAAGACAUCACUCUACGCCAGAUUACCUACAGAGACGAAAAGUAGAUAAAGGAAAGAAAACGAAAAUUAAAUCGAGACUUUUGCCUUUGUUCAGGAAAUCGGAUAUUCUGCUAAACAAUAAGAUGCGGAGUAAAUUGAAGAAAAACCAGUUCCUAAGCGAAGGCAGCAUAUUUUCAGAUACAUCAGCUAAUUCGGACGAAUCAUAUGGCAACGAUUCCAGUCUAUUGAACUUAUCAAAAACCACCACCCCUACCACCACCACCACACCCACCUCAACUCCUACCAAAGACUCAGCCUCACAUCGUUUGGACCGUCUGACUCGACAAACGUUGGAAAACAUCUCAAAAUUAUCGUGCAGCAGCAGCAACAACAGCGUCGACGGUACCGGUCGUAACAGCAGCAUCAGCAGCGGUAGCAACACGACGCCGACAAAUUUCUCAUCUCGAGACGACCUCGACCGGAGUUGUAGCAGCAGCUGCGUCGGUACCGAGAGUGAAUUGGACGACUCGGCGUCGAGUAGCUAUCAGCAGAAAGAGAAACUCAUCGAGGAGAUCAUCGGGCAGCUGUUGAUCGCCAGUCAGAAAUUCCAAAGGGCUAUCAAAGAUCAUCAACAGAGUGUGAAGAAAACCAAGAAAUUGGCGGAGUCUGUUUCCUGUGAAGAGACUGAAGAAGAAGAUGACGAUGCAGAUUUAACCGAAGAUGACGACGAAGAUCGGGAUUAUAGACUGAAAUAUACCAAAGAAUCGAACCGUAGGCGUCGUACGUCAGCCGAGGUUUUGAAUACGUCUUCUGAAAGUCUAUCGGCCAGUCUUCGUCAGCUAAUUCCUACGUCUCCGAAUAUCUGGCUUAAGCAGCAAAGCGAGCAUUUGGCUACACCGCAGAAAAAAGCUGACUCUUUGCCAAGGACCUGGUUUCAAGGUACGCCUUCGGAGGCUGACGAAUGGAGAAUAAAUCGACCUAAGACGAUCGCCAGUGAUAAACCUACUCGUAUGAAAGAGGCUAAGGCUUUCGAUACCGAAGAUAUGACCAAUACGUGUUUCUUGGCGGGUCGUAAUAGACGUACGGAGAUCGCUACUUCGUUGAUGAGCCUUAAUACCGCUAAUGUGCAUCCGGAGUGUAAAUUUUAUCGAACUAGUGUGGCUCGAAUGACGUUCCGUAGUAUGGUCCAGAGUAUGGGAUUAAAGCUGCUGUCGAAACGAGGUAAAAACGAACGAAGAUCGUAUACCAUCGAACACGAGAUACCCAAACCAAAGUGCACUUUUACUAGUACUAUAGAUAAAGAGCUCAUUCCAACGUACAAACAGGGUAGCUCCGAUCUAGGUGCUAGAAUAGCUCAUGGUAAAGAGAUUCCAGAUUACGCAGAUCCGAAAGUAUUAUUUCCUACGAUAACACCGUCGAAGAAAGCUGCUUCAUUAUUGGGUAUUCGAGCUUACCCGAAUGAAUCCACUAAACUAGAUGAGAAACCCAUCGGUAAAGGCGGAGACGGAGACUCGAAAGCUGCGCAGAAAGUAUUUUCCAAAAAGAUCGACGAUAAAGAAGCAGACAGCGAUGAUUCGGCUGAAAGCUUCUACGAAAGGAAAUUCGAACAGGUAGAAAGUGAAUUUGAGAACGCCAUAAGAGAAACGUCUAUUUUAGCCGACGCAGUCAACGCUGAAAGAGCUCAAGAGAUUAGCGACUCGUUCAAGAAAUAUUCGCAAAUAAAUGUGAAUAUCUCACGUCACAAAGCGAUCAGAAUUCCGCCUCCUGUACCUCUGAAACCGACUGCUUUGAGAAAUAGAAUGGCCAAAGCCGAAGGACCAUCGAAAGAGUCCAGAAUCGGGAUCCCAUCGCCAGAAUGUACGAUACCGACUCGCGGAUGGGUCAAGCAUGUCGUGGAACGGUUCCAGAAUGCUGAUUAGAAGAGUAUUUUCGAUAACAUUCCAGUGUUUUUUUCUUCUUCUUACGAAUUGACGUUGAAUUACAUAAAUUUUUGUACUUUUAUUGUUUGCAUUUUACCCAUUUUUUUGAAUUUUUUUUCUCUAGUUUGUAUUGCGUGUAAAUUGUUUUUUUUCUGUUUUUUUCCUGGCGAAAUUUUGUUUUUAUUUUUAUUAUUUUCUUUUUGAUUUAGAUACUUUCAAAAAAUGUUCCCAAGACUGCCAUUUUUGCCAUGAUGUUUUCGUUUUCUUUUUUUUUUCUUUUCAAUUUUUUUGUGUAUUUUUAUGUAUUAGUUUACUUUUUCCAUUUUUUUUUUCGUCGUGGAAAUCAUUUUUUGUUGAUAUUGUUGAGUGUAAAUAUGUGAAUUCGAUGUGUAAGAUUUGAAAUACAAAUUUUAUAAGUA